CUAACAAGUGGUACCUCUGCAGAUGUGCCUGAGAGAUCCAUUCGCCUGAAAUAAAAUUCAUCGGAAAGAUUUUCAGGAAUCGGGCUUUCUAUGAUUGACGAUACCAGACUGGUGUAGACUGAUCCAAGCCGUGUUGCGGGGAGAUCAGUCAUGUUUUACUCACAAGACAUUCUCCAGAAAAGAGGCGGGAAAUUCGGGAUUAUCUGGAUUGCUGCCACGCGAGCCAGUGACCUAACCAAGAGAGACUACAGUGCCGUCAAUGUGGCCAGGACAUGUGAGGAAAUCAUCAGCCACUUGACUGGACAGUCCAGGGCCCGUUACGAUCGCGGUCGCUUCCCUCGUUUCUCCCUGUAUCUGUCUGCUCAGCUGAUGUUUGGAGUCACUCUGGUGCACGGAAAACAUGCAGAGUAUCUGUACGGUGAUGCAAUGACACUUCAGAGUAAGUUUAUUCCCAAGAGACGAGUUGCACCAGGAGGACUGAUCAUCAUCAGUACUAAAGACAUUGAUAUGAGGACCUCAACUAGACCAACAGAAGCCCUGAGACUGGAGGACCCUCUGGACAUGUACCGACCAGGGCUGGUGGAGCUUGACCCAGAGUUUGGCCGUCUGAACAUCCCGGAGGACAUGAUAGAACCAGACUUCCUGCCAUUUGGACCGGAGAUGAUCCACUUCCCUCUGGCCCCUCCUACCCCUGACUGGUGGCCAGGACGGGGGAGGGACACCAGGAAGCCACGGUCACCUCACUCACCGGGAAGUCCUCCAGGCUACGAUCCAAACCAGGUGAAGGAUAAAAACGACAUCUCCCUACCUGAACACGAUUGGCCGUCACUAGAUCAGAUGCCAGGUAAGGAUGAUGAUGAUCUCCAGCCUCCACAAAUGGGCGAUCCUCUGAUGAGCAGUCUGUCAUCACCGGAGAACGGAGACAAGGAAGGGCCAACCCAACCACCCAUGGAACAGCCAAGCAGGAAGCGACCAGACAGGGAGAAAAGUGAUAAACCCCCAAAAAGAAAGAAACCAUCUGACCCUAGAGAACCAGAAGCAGAGCAAGACUUGCCAAGAGAUGUUGAACCCCUGCCCAUGUACGUACACAUAAGAACUUCAAAUAUUGCAUUUAUUUUCUGAUUAUCUUAUCAGUGACAUCCAGAAAUCUACU